CGUAACCCAAUGCCCCUCCUACGAUGUGCAAAGCAGCCCCGCGGCGUCAGGCUGAUCUCGCGACUCACCAAAACGUUGAAGAACGUCACAUAUCAAAAUCAUGGACGACGCAGAGUUGGAACAGUUACGAAAAGCUCGCCUGGAGCAACUGAAGGCUGAAGCCGGUGGUAGUGGAGGCGGUUCUUCUGGUCAGGAACAACAACAGCAGCGCCAACAGCAGCAAAAUGACGCUCGCCAACACAUCCUCAACCAGAUCCUCCAUCCCGAAGCCGCCGACCGUCUAGGCCGUAUCCGACUUGUGAAGGAGGAGCGCGCCGCCGACAUCGAGAACCGACUUAUCACACUUGCGCAAACCGGCCAACUUCGACAGAAGGUCACUGAGGCACAACUCAAGGAGCUUCUCAACGCUAUGUCGGAGAGCAAGGAGGAGGAGAAGAUUGUUGUGAGCAGACGCAAGGCGUGGGACGAUGACGACGAUUUGGACCUGUAAGACGUACCUGUGAUACCAUUGAAUUGAGGAUUAGAGUGAGGAAACAAGGCGAAUUCGUGGGCGGGACCUGCUUUUCUGUCUCGAGUAAAAGGAAACAAAUUGAAUGUGAUGGCUCAAGGUGCAGAAUAUAGGAAUUCUUCCUCAGACCUUGAGGGGAAAAUCUGCGUUGUCUGCUCGUAUGAUUUGAUGAUGUGCAUGGUUCAAAUGAUUUGACAGAUCGGGAAUCUUGGAACAACAAUAAUUUUGGCCUCAAUAACAACGCUAAGUGGUAAUUCUAAAUUUGACAUUUAAUACAGAAGAGUACAAGUAUUGCAAGAGAAGUCAGAUGGGAGAAGGAUACUCAGACAAUUAUAGCCCCUGCUCUCUCAGCUCUUUGAGUCUCUUCUUCUCCUCCCUCUCCCUCUUUCUCUCUCUUCCCAGAAGACAUUAAUGACUUCUUUGCUCCGUGCCCCAUUCUUCAAAGCCCAGGGUAGGUAUAUCGAGGCAAAUCGCUGCCUCUCGCUCCUCUUCAUGGUAGCUGCCGCAAAGAUACUUAAUCCCGUCAUGGGAAGCAACGUAUUCGCAAACUCGAAAGCCUUGAGUGCAACCUCACCCUCGCGCACGAUAGGCAGACCAGUCAGAGCGUGGUAGAAGUCAUGACACUCGCGAUAUCGCUGCAUGACAUAUGCGCACUCUUCGUCGUCGAUGUACCGCACCGUAGCUCGAGUAUCGGGGGAGACGCCUUCGCGAUCGAGCCAGCCUACAUAGGCGCGGCCAACGGAGUUUUCGGGUAGCGCACGUAGAGCUUCGAGGGAAAGGGUUUUGGAGGAGAUUCGAGGUCGAGCUCGGAGGAUACGACGGCCGGUUGGAUCGGCGAGCAUAGCGUCGCGAAGGCGGUAGAUGAAGUAUGGUGUGGCUGUGGCUUCGCCAGUAGCAGCGAUGAGGUCUGAGGGUGAUCAGCUAGAGAAACAGAGGAUUCCCGCAGGAAAUCAAACUGCAUACCAUGGCGAUAGGGAUCGAAAAAAGACAUUACGCUGGCCCCAAUGGCCAGCCCAGCCCGCUCAACUCUCGUUAGAGGAACAUGGCCUGGGUAGUUUGGCGGGGGUCGGUUCAAACUUGUGAAGCUCCUCGAUGACAAAGAAGAGCAGGAUGCACAAGAUGUUGCCCGUAACAAGGUACUAACAUUCUGGGCAGAUCCAAUUGACCUUAGUUUAGGAAGUGCGCUCUUCAUUUGGGCUCGUUAUCUGAGGAUGAUGAUAGUGGUUCGAUGUUUAAGCUCUGGCGAUGAUCUAACAGGCUAGGCCAUGACUCAGC